AUCCCCCUCCCACCCUCCCUCUCCCCCCCCCCAGCCUCACACCCCCUGCCAAUCAGCGGGUCGCGUCGAGGCGGCUCAGUUCUCUGCUCGCGCGCGGAGAGAGCGGGGGUCGGUCGGGGUCUCUGUUCUGACGCGCGCAGGAUGAAGCGGCAGAACGCCAGGACCCUCGCGCUCAUCGUCAGCAUCCUGACCUACCUGGUGGUCGGCGCCGCCGUGUUCGACACGCUCGAGUCCCGCCACGAGAGGAGCCAGAAGCGGCGGCUGGACGCCCGGAGAAACGAGCUCCUCCGCCGGUUCAACCUGAGCCUGGCGAACUUCGAGGAGCUCGAGCUCGUGGUGCUGCAGCUGAAGCCCCACAAGGCGGGUGUGCAGUGGAAGUUCGCGGGCUCCUUUUAUUUCGCCAUCACUGUGAUCACGACCAUAGGCUACGGUCACGCGGCCCCCAGCACCGACUCGGGGAAGGUGUUCUGCAUGUUCUACGCCCUGCUGGGCAUCCCCCUGACGCUGGUCAUGUUCCAGAGCCUGGGCGAGCGCAUCAACACGCUGGUGCGUCACCUGCUGCACCGCGUCAAGCUCCGCCUCCGCCCGCCGGACCGCGCCCGCGUCUCCAUGGCCAACAUGGUGGCGGUGGGCUUCGUCUCCUGCCUGGGCACGCUCUGCCUGGGCGCCGCCGCCUUCUCCCGCAGCGAGGGCUGGAGCUUCCUGCACGCCUUCUACUACUGCUUCAUCACGCUGACCACCAUUGGCUUCGGCGACUACGUGGCGCUGCAGAAGGACCAGGCGCUGCAGAACCACCCGCGCUACGUGGCCUUCUGCUUCGUCUACAUCCUGCUGGGGCUGACGGUGGUGGGCGCCUUCCUCAACCUGGUGGUCCUCCGCUUCCUCACCAUGAACAGCGAGGACGAGCGGCGGGACGCGCAGCGGCGGCGCCACGAUGCCCGGCUGGCCGGGCCGCGGGGGGAGCUGGCGCAGCUCGUGCCCUCGCCCGCGAACGCUAACGACGCUAACGCCGCCGCCGCCACCCCCGGGCGCCGGGAGGAGGAGGAGGCGGGCCUGGCGCGGGCGCGGGCCCCGCCCCCGCGCCGCCGCCGCCGCCGCGGCUACACGGAGGUCCUCCACUUCCAGACCAUCUGCUCGUGCCUGUGGUACCGCGGCGACCGGCGCCCGCGCGGCCUGGGGCCGGGGGCCGCGUCCCCCGGCGACGACCUGUCCUUCUCCGACCCCUACCUCAAGGCCGACCGGCGCCCGCCGCCGCGGAUCCGCCCGGACCCGUGCUCCGCGGGUUACCUUGGUUACCCGGGGUAUCCGGCGUACCCCGACCCGGAGGCGGACACGGCGGGGUGCGUGUGCGGCCCCCGGCACUGCGCCACGGUCGGCUCCGUCGCCGCCGGGGGGCUCCACAUGUUCUCGCCCUUCAGGGGGUGUCAGCGACGCAGCUCGGUGUAGGACGGACGGACGGACGGACGGACGGACCGGGAGCGUUACCCGGGGUCCGACAGAUGGGCCCUGCCCACCGCUCAGCAACACGUGGACGUGCGUGGAGCCGGGCCGCCCCCACCCCCAUCCCCCGGGGACGGCAUGCGACGCCUGUGACGCGCUCGCAGAGGGGUGGGGGGAGAGGCUGCUGGCAGCUAGCAGCUAGCAGCUUAGCAUGUGGUUCGUAUUGACAGAGGAGUCGGUGUGUGACAGCCGGGAAUGAAUCAUGUGUUGGUUCGUUGGGCCGACUCUCUCCGGCGCAUGCGUUCACGCACGUACGCACAGACACACACCAACACACAACCACAGACACAGCAACACGUUCGCUCUCCCUCUCUUUCUCUCUCUCUCUCUCUCUCUCUCUCUCUCUCUCUCUCUCUCUCUCUCUCUCUCUCUCUCUCUGUGUCACACUUGCACUCCCACACACCUUUGCACGCAUGUGCCUUUGCACACAUUCUCCCCAUACACACAUACACAUGCAAACACACCCACACACACACGCAGGCACACAUCCUCUACAAGCAGCCAUGUAUCUAAUUACACACACGCGGUGCACACAGGGCACAGGUACGCGGGAGAGCACCAGGUGUGCUGGAACCUCUGGUCGGCUCAUUAGCUUACCUGUCAGGUUCACCCGAGGAGACGUCACCAUCUGCCAGACCCCAUAAGUAAAUAUUAAUCCCGUCUCGCGGACAACCGCCCCCCCCGCUGCCAACACGCGUGCCGGGCGGAUCGGAGAGCAAUUUAUGGCAAACUGGAAACAAUCCGCGGUUGCGUUAACAUAACCUCUCAGCUGGUCGUCGAAACAGCUGUGGACUCCUGACCAGCUGUUCUGAGGUGGCGCCGGUCGAGCGGUUGAGGCUGAAGUGAGGGCCAGAUGCCGGUCUUUAAUCCUGAAACUAUUCGGAGGAAGUAACAGCUUUUUUUCGAAGGUGCGAUGACAUCGUCUCUCGGAAAGUCUGAUCCUCUCCUCCCUCCUCCUCUCCUUCUCCUCCGCCUGCCUUCUGCUGCAGAAUAAAACUGGAAUAACUAAAUAUACAUAAUAGGUUGAAGAGAGGGAAACAAACUUGCGUGUAUCUUCUUCCACGGAUCACUCUCGCCAUCCGGUCCACACUGAAACCACCGAAACCCCUUCCCCUUCUCUCCCUCACGCGUGGGCCAAGGCCUCAGACACCUACCCACCAAACCUCAGUCCAGUCCACUACCCACCAGACCUCAGACCUGAGGCCCCUACCCACUAGACCUCAGUCCCCUACCCACUAGACCCCUACCCGCCAGACCUGAGUCCAGACCUCAGUCCAGUCCCCUAUCCAACAGACCUCAGUCCACUACCCACCAGACCUCAGAGCUGAGUCCCCUACCCACUAGACCAAAGUCCCCUACCCACUAGACCCCUACCCGCCAGACCUGAGUCCAGUUCCCUAUCCAACAGACCUCAGUCCACUUCCCACUAGAACUCAGACCUUAGUCCCCUACCCACUAGACCUAAGACCUGAGUCCCCUACCUACUAGACCUUAGUCCCCUUCCCAUCAGACCUCAGUCCAGUCCCCUACCCACUAGACCUUAGUCCCCUUCCCAUCAGACCUCAGUCCAGUCCCCUUCCCAUCAGACCUCAGUCCAGUCCCCUACCCACUAGACCUUAGUCCCCUUCCCAUCAGACCUCAGUCCAGUCCCCUACCCACUAGACCUUAGUCCCCUUCCCAUCAGACCUCAGUCCAGUCCCCUACCCAACAGCCCUCAGUCCCCUACCCACCAGCCAGGGACCAUCAGAACCCUGGACUAUGACGCGCAACAGGUCAGUCCGUCCACACCGAGAGACGCGAGGGGCAGGCGUUUGCCUGGUUCAUCCACUCAUCCACCUAACCAAAAAAGCUCAGUGUGAUGGAAAAUGGCGGUUCACAAUCAAGGAGAUAUAAGAGAUGCCUUCACAGAUGUCUCCGGCCCCACUUGGACAUGCCUGGCCGGGCACCAGAGGCAACGCAGUGACUCUGUGGCAUCAGUACCGGGACACCGACACCUCACCGCUAUGACCAGCCUUUUGUGUUCCUGCUUCAAAUGUCCAUGACAAUCCUCGGAAAUGAAAUCAUGUUGUUUUGGGGGAAAUUGCAAUUAUGCUGAUUUGAAGGAUUUGAAGUUCGUGCUCUUGUGUUGUCUUUCAGCGCCUAGCUUAGAGAUAAACAGGUGAGGGUUAGCUUAUUGUCUCCUUACGGGAACGUUGGUUUGCAGACUGGGUCUCAGACAUGAAUAAAGACGGACCACAACCACCCCAACCACACGAUUCAGUACAGAGGUAGUCAGGAGGACAGGAGGUCACCGAGCAGUGGAACAACAGGGUGUGCGAAAAGGAACUCAAUUUAGUAAAAGCAGAUUAAGUGCUAUUUGCAGUUUGAAGGACAUUACCGGUCUGGGUGAUCAAACCAUCAUAACCGUCUUUCCUGGCUUCACUAAAACAUCUGUUACCAAUGUCAUUUGAUGAAAUUACUUCCUUGUACAGAUUUGGCCGAAGAAGAGCAUUUAGCAGUAGCCGGCCUGCCACGGAUGUAAACAAUGUCGAUAAAACCCUACUUAAUUUGAAUCAUUGUGCGUCAGUCACCUCAAGGUUGUGCACAACAUAACAGCAUGCAUAACUAAGACCAAAGAGCUAUACUGCCUUGUUAACAUCGUGGCAGGCUCUUUCGUCAAUUAUUUUUCGGCUGAAUCUAAAGGAAGUUGUGUUGAGAAUCAUAUUGGGGACAGUUGUUUUAGUCACGGCAGGUGAGACGGUUCCAAACGAUUCAUCCACCUGAUUGUUCUUUGAGACACCAACAGCUGUAGGGACAGAGGAGACCAUGUAUCUCCCUCCUCCCCUAAACUCACUCACAAAGGGCUGAUCCCAUCCAUUCAUAGCAGUAGCUUUCCUACGGACCCGUUUUGGAAUCAUGUCCAUAAACUGGGCCGGUCUCCAGCGAGAAACGCUCACUUCCGCGUCUGUCAUCGUUGGCCUGAGCCACCGGACUGAACAGAUGACCACAGAUGGGUUCUAUUCGUAUCACUGUGUUCUGUUUGGUUCCUCCGGACCUGUUGUGCCACCUGGAGCUCUGCCGAGUCCCUCGUGUGACGCCCAUCAGAGCCCCCCCACAGUGCCUCUGUUUCCUGGGCCGUGAGUCAUCCUCAGAGCGGCUCCAGAUGUGGGUCAAAGCGUGGCAGGUCGGUUAUCUUCUAAUGGCUCUGACCCCUUUCCGACACAAUCCAGGUUAAUCCCGCGUCAUGGCGACCAGACAGAAACACACUGAUCCUCCGAACACGUUGCAGGGGCCAGGGUCUCAGAUGAGUCGAUCGCGGAGCGGCGACAUCCAGUUCUACGUUUUCUCUCGGCUAUUUUUAAUGACUGUCGCGUAACGCGCUUGGCCCCCGCUCAGAUGCUGGUGAGCGCCUGCCAAUAGAGUUCUGUACACUUUACUAAAAGGGGAAUGUUGUCAUAAAGACUCUAAAUACCAUGGCAGGGCUGUUUAAUCAGAUUACUGGUUUGACUUUUCAACCAAAUAGUCCAAGCUAAUGUUUGAAUUAACGAAGCAUUAGGCAGCAGCUGUUUGGUAUUCUUACUUGAUGAAUGAUUCAAAUGAUGAGCAGAAUUGCAAUCGAAAAAUGUUCUGUCUCUUGCUUAAAGGGGCUGUUGGUAAGAUUUAAGAGCUAUUAUUUGAGUGUCAUUUAUUAGAAAUGGUCUAGCCACCCGUCAGCUAUGAAUGAGUGAGGUGCUAUGUGAGAGUAUCUGUUCUGAAUUGACUGCCCCUGCCUCUGUGUGGACCUAAGAACAUUUUGGAUAGCUCCCGCCUCAUUUCUGACCAAUCAGGCCAUCUCGUCCCUGAUGAGUUCGGGGAAUACACCUUGCCUGUCAAUCAAUGCAAGACAUGGUUGAGAUGGUUGAGAAACGUACAGAGGGAGGGGGGGUUCUUUGGUGGUUUUCUUUCAUAGUCGUGUCCUCUUCCGCCCUUGUCUGCUCUCUCUCUCUUAACAACUCUCGAAUCUUACCUAUGCAGCUUUCGAUUCAUCGACUAAUCAUUGAAGCCCUACUUACUUGAAUCCUGAAUGUGUCUAGAUCAAUUCAUCACCGAAUGUAUCUAUGGUGAUGUGAAAUAUGUGUGUGUGUGUGUGUGUG